AUGAAGGACGGCCUGCUCCACACGGCGAAGGUUUCUGAGGAUGUGUGCCAGUACAAUGGCACACACACAGAUGCCGUUGGAUGUGGGGGAGGCUUCCCCUGCCAGGGCGUCAGUGUGGCUGGACAUCAAGCUGGAAUGAGCGAUGCCAGAACGGGCCUCGUUCGGCACGUGUUCAGAAUCUGGGACACGUUGCAGCCCCAGAGGCGGUCUGGGUGUGUGCGGGGUUUAGGGUUUACACUUUAUUUGUUUAGGGUUUCGGGCUGCAGGGUUUAG